AUAGCGACGCGCGGUGGCGCGGCCUAGUGGUCGCUGCGGCGGCCAUGGAAGGCCAGCGGUUGCGGGAGGUGACCGGUGCUUUCCCGCUCUCCCUGGCCUUGAAAGCCAAGCCUCCGAAGGAACAACCCAGCGAGAAUUUCGUCUUCGCCUGCAGACAGAAAGAACAGGAGCUCCUGGAACACGUCGAUUUGUUGAAGCUCUACAACCAGUUUCGCCACGUCUCCCAGUGGCACGAGCGCAACGAACGGAAAUGGCUGCACUGCGCCGUGCAGAGAAAGGUGGAGGCCACGAUGAGGGAAUACCAGGCGGGGACAGAUGAGAGAAGAGAGAGGCUUCGCGAGCUUCUGGAAGCGGAAGAAUGUCGGUACCUCACGGAGAUGGAAGCCCUGGAAGAAACGGUACUGGAGAAACAAAUGAAGAUGAGGAAGCGAGUGAAAUUACUGCGAGAGAAGAGAGAAAAAGAAAGACAACAAUUAGUGGCUGAAAAACGAGAGCAGCAAUUCAGAGACCAAUGCGAGGAGUUUCGCAUCCAGUGGACGAAGAAGCAGCAGAAGGAAGUGUUUGAAGACCAGCUGGCCCAGGUAGCUCUGAAGGAGGAACUGAGAAAGCAAGAGGAGGAGGAGGAGCAGAUGCUUGCAGAGCUUUGGAAAGAGGACAGCUUGGCCAGGGAAAAGCAGGAGGCCAUGGAGAUGCAGAAAGCAGCAGAACAGAAGAGGGAAAUGCUGAAGGUGCUCGAUGCUCAGGUAGCGCUGCUCAGCGCUCACAGAGAGGAGGAGAAGAGGCUGAAGGAGGAAGAAGCUCGAUUGCUGGAAGAAGAGCAGCAACAGCUUAAGAAAGAAAAGGAGGAACUUCAGAUGGAGAAGCUACGGAAGCAGAAGGAACGCAGGGAUAUGUUGCUCGGCGCGGUUCAGGACAAGCAGAAACGUCUUAACGAAGAAAAACAAGACGAAUUCGCUCUGGACAUGAAGAUCUUGGAAAAAUCUCUUCAGGAUCCUCAGGAGGUCACCGAGGAGAAAAAGAAAAGAAAACAAGAGCUGCUGAAGGAGCAACAGACUUACCUGGCACACCUGGCUCAGCAGCUGGAGGAGGAGAAAGAGCGAGAAAAAGAAGUGGACAAGCUCAUCGAUGAAGAGAUCGCGAAGGUUUGGGCCAAGAAGGCGGAGCAGAUGCGAUUAGAAAAGCAGGCUAGAAACCAGCUGCUGAAAGAUGUCCUGGAUACAAGACAACUGCAGGUGGAGGAGAAGGUGCAGAGAAAUGCGAAGGAGCAGGAAGUACUCGCUCAAGAGAGGAAGUUAUUAGCUGAAGCAAUCACAGAACUCAAGCGCGUAGAAGACGAAAAAUAUGCCAGAAAAAUAAAAGAAGCCAAAGAAUAUCAAGAGCAACUCCGGGCUCAAAUCGCCUCUGAACGACAGGCCCGUGACGCCGAGGAAGAAGAGAAGCGGCAAGAAUACGCGUCGUGUCUAGCAGCAGAGAGAGCUUACCAAGAAAGGGUACAGGCCCUUCUGUCUCGUGAAAAACCAGCAAAAAUCCACCCUUUUAGAAGAGAACUCAUGUCUAACUCUCAAGAAGAUAAUUUACAAUGAUUUCUUUCUUUUCUUUAGCUCACUCGGUUGCCUUAAAAAAUUGUUUUCUAAGGGUGUUUUUAACUGAGUUAGUGGACUCCUCUCUGCUGCGAUGCUCAAAAUACUUAACUGGGAAAUACAAGAAACAUGGUAUUUUUAAAGGUUGUUUUUCAUGGCUUUUGGAUUUUCUGUGACAAAAUGACCGAUCCGAAUCAAAACGUGUGACAUUUUAAUCCAAGAAUACUGUGUGUUCUCCGCAGUAAACGUGAAGGAUAUGUAGGCAUUCUUUAAAAUCUUCUAUUAAAAAUGCCUUUCAAACUGCAAA